AUGAAGCGUUCAUUUAAUUUAACCAAACAAGAAUACAAAAGUUCAUCUUUGAUCAGUCUUGAUGGUUAUGUUGUAAAUGUUGGUGCAAUUACAAAAAAUAAUAACAAUGAGAAUCAUCAUUAUUCAUUUCUUUUUUCAUUAAUGGAUCAAAGUACUGUACGGAUAACAAAGUUUUUAUCAAAAGUUCCAUCAUGUACAUUUUAUAAACGUUUGCAAGAAUCUAUGUUUAGUGGAAAUGGUACUUGUAUUAGUGAUUGUGUUCGUGUACAGUCCAUCGAAAAUUUAAGAAAUAAUAUAUUUGACGGAUUAUGCACAAUUGAAGUUAAAAUAUGUGAAAUUGGAGCUGAUAUAGCAUGUAUAUUCAAAGAAUCAGAUUUUAAAAAUGUGCAAAAAUUGAAGAAAGUAGCUGUAGUGGAUGAUGCAACUGGUGCUCUUGAACUUACUUUAUGGGAAAGUCAUUUUGGUAAAGUUGAAUUAGGAAGCUGUUAUCAGAUUAAACUCGUUAAAAGUCGUUUAAUUAAUUGUAAAAUAUUAUUGUCAGCAAAUGUAGAUACAUCAUUUAUGAAGAUUGAAGAUCUGGAGAUUGUUCAAACACAUGUUGAAUGUUCUAUAAUGAAUUCACGUAUUUGUAAAGGACGAAUUAUACAUAUAUCAAAACAUCAGGUAGAAUAUGCAUGUCAGGCAUAUGGAAACCAUGAUGUUACACAGCAAACGUACUGUAUUGUAUGCAAUAUUUGUCAAUCUCGUACACCUAAGUAUGAUACAGGAAAAGACGAGUUGUUGAAGUUUAUGAUUACAACGGAUAACCGAGAAGAAUAUAAUUUAUCGGUGUCUGAAAUAAUUUCAAUACCUAUGUUGACAUGUAUUAAUGAAUCAUAUACUAAUAUUGCUGAAUUUGUGAAUGAAGAAUAUUGUACUGAUGCAUUAACAGAUGUAAUGAUAGAAUUCAAAUUCGAUCAAAAUACUGGAAUAAUUUCUGAAUUAACAUUUCUUAAAAAAAAUGAUUUACGUAGUGAAGAUAUAAACAAAUUCAAUUAUAUAAAAAAUUUUAAUACUUCAUGUAUAUUUAGAAAAUGGUCAUAA